AUGAAGGACUUUGAUUUUGAGUUGCAGUACCAUCCAAGGAAGGCGAAUGUUGUAGCCGAUGCUUUGAGUUGGAAGCAAAUGCUUAUGUCAGCUUUGAUGGUGAAAGAGUUUGAGUUGAUAGAGAAGUCCAGAGAUAUUAACUUGGGUUUACAGUUGAGAGUUUGCAUUCCAACAAAGAAUGAGUUGAAGAAAAUGAUUCUAGAAGAAGGACACAAGAGUCGUCUUAGCAUACAUCCUGGUAUGAUUAAGAUGUACAAUGACUUGAAAGAAUCUUUCUGGUGGAGUUUGAUGAAAAAGGAUGUGGCAAAGUUUGUAUCUUCUUGUUUGGUAUGUCAGAAGGCUAAGAUAGAACAUCAAAGGCCGGGUGGAAUGUUACCAUAG